GGUGAUGGCAGUCGUGUCGCUCUGCACUUUCUACCCCAGUCAAGGCGAAAGCUCCUCCCCCAUGAUUUCCUGCAUGCUUUCUGCGGAGAGAUUGGCUAUUCAAUUCUCAUUGACCAUGGGAAAUCCUGCUGUACCAUUGCACUCUCCAUAUGGCCCUCGCAAGAGGCGGGCUGCUGCAUGUGAAAGAUGCCACCGCCGUCGCGUGCGUUGCGAUGCCUCAGUCAAUGGGACGCCGUGCGCUGAAUGCAAGAGAAGCAGUUCGAAGCAUUGCAGGCUUGUCCAAUCCAGGCGCACUCGAGGGCCGGACGGUCGAUAUAUUCUGCCUGAGCAGAAAGAAAAUCAAUUAUGGAGCCCCAGUAACACUGGGGUUAGCGAUACCCUCGCCGCCACCGAUGCCGAUAGGAGCGAGUACGCUCCAGCGGUCAUGAAAACGACCAGAGAUCCUGAAAUUCCUUUGAACUUGGCAAGACUGGUUGGCGCCGACCAUGAGAGUCAUUCUGGUGACGAGUCUGCUGACCGGCGCGAGACGAUCAGUCCGGAUGGACCUCAUAACAAGAAUAACGAAAUGACUGAGCAGGAUAACGCCCGCUCAAACUUUGUGGGCGAGUCCUGGUAUGCCUCUUAUGUUCUGAGUACUUCUGCAGCUGGACAUAGCGAGCUUCAUCGCCCUAUUGAGCGAGGUCAAUCGAGUUCCGCUUACUCCAGUCCGGCUGAUGGCGGCAGUGUGGUCAUCGACAGUCGUAAGCGAAGGAGUGCUACAAAGGUGCCUCCUUCCGAUCUUCCUUCCCAGCACCUGACCGAACGACUUCUGGAAGUAUAUUUUCAGCGGUUCCAUGUCUUUUGCCCUAUCCUCGACAGAGGCACUUUCCUGUCCUCGGUCCGCGACGGGAGCGUUUCCAUCACCCUCCUACGCAGCGUGCUUUAUAUUGCGUCUGUUCAUUGUGGGCCGGAGAUCUUUCACUUGAUGGGAUAUACCACAAGGCUUGAUGCCGGGGAUGACCUCUUCAGCAAGGCUUGCGCAUCUUUCGACGCUGAUUACGAAUCAGAUCGGACAACAAUGGUACUAGCUUCGUACCUUCUUCACUAUUACUUCGGCAAGCCAACGAGCUAUCGUGACACAUUAUGGUGGUUAGGUAAUGCUAUCAGAUCAGCGGAAUGCAUGGGCUACCAUCGAAGCACAAAAAACAGCAAGAUGGAUGCUCGACAAAAAGCGCAAUGGAAGCGGAUAUGGUGGUGCUUAUACAUUCGUGAUCGGCAGGUGUGUCUCAGCACGGGUCCGCCGAUGUCCAUCAACGACUUAGAUUGCGAUGUGGAGGAUUUGACAAUGGAAGAUUUCCCCGACGAGUCGCCAGAAACAGCUCAAUAUAUCAUCGGCCAAGUGAGUCUUAACAAAAUUGUCUCGAACAUGUUUUACUGCCAUUGCUCACCCUCCCGACUGUCAUUGAGUCGCGACCCUUCAGUGCGACAAAUAGCAAGGCGAGAAAUUCAGGCUGCCAUGGAAGAUUGGUGUGCGCAUGCGUCGUCCUCUUGGGAGGAAAAUCAUUACUUGACCUUGACGCUGAAGGUCUGCUACUACUACUACAUCAUCAACCUCCAACAACGUCUCCAACGGUUAUGUCACAAGCCUUUCGCGGAUCAUGAAGGCUCUACGAUAGUUCUGGAAGCGGCCAGUCACGUCACAACGCUGGUGGAAGACUCGCUGUUAUACUGGAGUCCAGAACACUUCCCUAUGAUAUACGUAUCGGCUAUUUUCUCAGCCAUGACAGCUUACGUAGCCGAAGGGGGAAUAUCCGAUCCGAGUCAGUUGUCGCAAAAGUUGAGACCGAGUUUAUUGGCACUCAAGCAGUUUGAGCAAUAUUAUAUUGUUGCACGAUGGAUCCGGAACCUUUUAAUGGACCUCACCAGUCGUCUCAACAAGACCGAGGCUCGAAAGCGUGGGCAUCGGCCUGAUGACGCCCGUAUCUACCGACAAGUGCCUUCAUUUAGACGACAGCAUGGCAUUGAAAGCCAUUCACAGACGCAGUUUACCGACAAUAACGAGCAGAGGACUCAACCUACGGAGAAUGCCUAUGUGGCCGACAACCCAGGGUCAGGUGGAGAUGCGUCUUCAUACGUUUAUGAGACCAGUCCCUUCGAUCCGUCAUUUGAAUCACCCUCUGGCACAUCCGCAGCAGUCCUUGGGAACUUCCUUCCCGACUUUAUGACGAACGAUUUCAUAUCGCAGCAGUUCUCUCCAGACGGGAAUGGCACGAUUGAAUUUCCGUCACCGAGCUCGUUCGAGUACCAGCAUCUGCAUUUCCUGGCUGACCUGGGCCUGUCAGGUUUGGGCAAUCCGGCGUUCCCAGAGACGAAUCAGUGAGGCGGUUGAGGUACGGUCCACGUUAAAGACGUUCGUUCAUGCCGAAAUAGGACCGUCACGUUCUGCCUGAUGGAGCGAAAUCCAACAACUAUCACCGAAAAUGGAAUACCGUGGUCAAUCGGAGGGAAUGGAGACAGACGAUGUUCCUGCACAAGAGUUUUUGAUGUCAAAAGAAGUCGAGAGCACGCUUUUGGAGUAUUACUCAACAACCAGACUUAAGCUGAUGUCCGUUGCAACCUCAGAUCUCCACUUUCGGGGAUAUCAAAGUCUAACUCGCCUUCAAAUGACUCAGAACACC